CACUCAUUCUUCUAUUGUCCAUCUUCAUACCAAAGUAGCAUCACACAAUGGCUGGAGAACGUCCUCUCUAUAACUUUGCAUUUUACUUGAUUGUUGUCUUAGCUACAACUACUGUUGCUAUGGCUUCUCGGGAUAUGUCUCUGGAUAUUGUAGCGAUUGAACAGAAUUUAGUUCCAGUUGGUGAUAUAAUAACUUGCUUAAAAACAUGCUACGUCCAGAGUGAUUGCAAAGAUGGUUGGCUUUGUUCAGAUUGCGCAAAUGAUGCAUUUGAUCAAGGUGGAAAGCAUUGCGACAAGUUUACUUCUUCUGGACAAGGUUAUUUCUCAUCAAUGCUCCGUCAAGCUCAGUCGGUUGCUGCAGAGUAAAAUUUCACUGCUCUAUGUUUGUUAAGUUCCCUGGUAAAACGUUGUGUUCGUCAAUGGUUACUUUUGUUUCCUCUUUGUGUAAUAAAUAAUUAUAAGCAACCAUAUAUCCCUUAGGAAAACUAUUAUGGUUGCUUACAAUAAAUUUGAGCAAUUUGGCUUUGUGAUUGCCAUUGUUUGUGAUCAAUCAUGCAGUUAAGUUUCCUUUGAUUCCUUGUACACCUAUAUUUAUUAAGUACCUAUAUUUAUUAAGUCAAAUUAUUUCAGAAUCAAAAUUAAAUAGUGAUUGGA